AUGGCGGCCCCGCCUGGCGACGGGCGCAGGCGGGAGCGACUCGCGGACGGCAUGGACCCGUUCACGUUGCGCUUUGUAGAUCCAAUGCGGGAGGCCGGCUACGCGGGCAGCCACCAGGUGCGGCUGGCCCACUACCUGCUGUACUCGAUGGUCGCCGUCAACGUCAUGGGAAUCCCGGUGAGCUUACUGUCCCACAGGUUCUGGGACCACUCCCAGUACCCCACGCGGGAGGCGCAGGAGCUCGGCCAGUGGCAGCUGCUCCUGCUCUCGGUCAUGUUCGUGUCCUUGAGCCUCGCCUGGGGCGCCGGGUACUGCCUCGCCAAGUACAAGCUUGUCGGCACCUUUGGGCUGGAGAUCAUCGUGGUGUCUACGUGCACCUGUUUCAUGGUCGUGAUGGUGCUCGUCCCGAAGCCCAUCAUACAUCGCGCGAGCGUUCGGCCACAGCGACCCUGA